GUCUUGUCUUUGCUUUUUUUGAAAUCUUUUCAACAGGAAGCAAGUAGUCUUGGGGAGCAUUUUGGGACAUUUGCUCUUGCUUUCUCAGGAAUGUAGUGAAAAGGAAGCAAGUUUGAUCGUGGAGGUUUGAAGCAAAAGCAAGAGACCAACACGAGGAGAGAUGAUACAAAAGAAUGUUAAGCAUUUUAGAGUUUUGUGGAACUUCGCUGCCAAACAUAGAAACUCUAGAGUAGUUUGAGUCUGUGGUGAAAGAUGAAAAACAUGGGAAGUAAUAUUGGCGGCAGUGGGAGGCUAUCGACAGAAGAGAUCAAUGAAGAAGAGGAGAUUCCAAGGCUGGACAUAUCCAAGUUUCAAGCUAGAGAGGAAGAGAUUGAGAGAAAGAAGAUGGAGGUGAGGGAGAAAGUCGAACUUCAAUUAGGCCGUGCCGAAGAAGAAACAAGACGCUUGACACACAUUUGGGAAGAACUUGAAGUGCUGGCUGACCCUUUGAGAAAAGACGUUGCAAUUACACGUAAGAAGAUUGAUAUGGCAAAUAAAGAGUUGAAACCUCUAGGCCAGAGCUGCCAGAAGAAGGAGAAAGAAUACAAAGAAGCCCUGGAAGCAUUCAACGAAAAGAACAGAGAAAAGGCUCAGCUAGUAGCCACAUUAAUGGAGCUGCUGACUGAGAGUGAAAAACAGAGGAUGAAGAAGCUGGAAGAGCUGAACAAGAUCAUGGAGUCCAUACGCUGAGAUAUCUCUGCCUUGUAUAAUCAAGCUCUCUGAUAUUGUGUUAAACUCAAUAAACUUUUUUUUUUGGGGGAACAUUAUUCAUUCAAUAAUGUUGUGUCUCUUUAUUGAAUUUAACUUGGUUCAUGUUAAUGGCCGAAAACAAUCCCUGUGCUAAAAUCAUGUAGGCAUGAUUUCUUCUCAUAAUGUGAUUAUUUUUUCUCAA